CGGCUGCUCGGAGGUCCGGCCGCGGAAUCCUCAGAAUUCACCCUGGCCCUGCUCAGCUUGGAUGGUGUCGUCCUCUCCCCAACAGAGAAUGAUUUCGUCCUCCACGUCAAGGAGGAGCUGGACCGAUUCUUCCUGCAGAAGCAGCUGUCCAGGGUGCUUCUCUUCCCACCCCUUUCUAGUCGCCUCCGGUACUUGAUCCACCGAACAGCCGAGAAUUUCGAUUUCCUGAGCAGCUUCUCAGUUGGGGAGGGAUGGAAGAGGAGGACUGUCAUCUGUCAUCUGGAAAGCAGGUUACCGAAUUUGGAUAACUUCACUCCCUCCUGUUCGAUGCCCGGCCGCCAGGGCAAGGUCCGAAGGCCCCGGCCCAACUUAGCCCAGGAGCCAGCCACCGGAUCCCGGGGUCCACGGCCAGGCCGGAGGCAGCGGGGCCGCAAACCUGACCAGGCCCUGUAUGUGCCUCGGGCGCUACGCCACAAAGCUGAGCGGAGUUCAAACCUGUCCCCGCAAGGGGCAGAUAUCGGGGAUGGGGAUGGGGACAGGAACCCAGCUGGAGAAACCCCAGAAGAGCCCAAAGACAUUGGCAAUAAGGAGCAGGGCCCCGACCCUGAUCCCAGACGGCCCCACAUGGCAGUGCCCGGAGUGGCAGGAGAUGUCACAGACCAGAAUGAAAUGAGCCAAAAGGGUGAGCCUAAGCCGGACUCAGAGGAGCUGGAUCCCCCCGGCUCCAAGAGCCAGUCACAGGAGGGGGACUCCCAGGAGCCAAAGGAUCCAGUCAGCUCCAAUCUCCAGCCAUCCUCAGAGAUUAGGCGGCAGACUCCCCCUCCCAAGAGGGCGGAGGACGAAGGAGACUACAGCUGUUCAGAGGAUGAGUCUGUGGAGCUGAUACAGGAGAUCAUGGACAACCUGGUUGACAGAGAGGUUCACAUCAAGAAGAUUCACCUGGACAGCUGUUACCUGGAUGACGAGCAGUCUUUGGGAGAGAGCAGCUUCGGCCACGUGGUAGAAAUCUACGGGUUUGAGCCUUCCUUGAAGACGGAGGACCUCAUGGGAGUGUUCUCGGAAUUUCAGGAGAAGGGGUUCAAGAUCCAGUGGGUGGAUGACACCCAUGCUUUGGGCAUCUUUCCUUGCCUGGCAUCAGCCAAUGAAGCCCUGACCAGGGAUUUCUCAGCACUAAAGAUCCGUCCCCUCACUCAGGGAACCAAACAGUCCAAGCUCAAAGCCCUCCAGCGUCCAAAGCUCCUGCAUUUGGCCAAGGAGCGACCGCAGACCAACACGGCCGUGGCCCGGAGGCUCGUGGCCCGGGCCCUGGGCCUCCAGAAGAAAUACAGAGAACAGCUGAAGAGCGAGACCCCUGCCCAGUCUUGAGUCGCCCGCUUCCCACCGGAACACCCGAGGACCCGGACUCCAGGGCUCCGGGGGCCGGCCCCCGGAGACCACGCCCAAGGACCAGCCCUAGCCAACAGCCGUCACCAAAGGGCGCCAGCCCUGGGGCCCAGCCUGGUGGCCUUGACCAUGCUUUUAGAUGUUGAGAAGAAAAUUAAAAGCCGACUGGAUGAAA